AUGUCUCAACCAACCGAAUACCAGAAAGAUGGUCAUUUCACGAGACCAGCCAGUACAUUUCGCGAUUUCAUCUCCGCAGACCCCAACUCAAAAUUCCCCGCCGAGAAAGGCCGUUAUGCACUAUACCUUUCCCCAGGAUGUCCAUGGGCACACCGCACAAUGAUCGUGCGCGCCCUAAAGCGCCUCGAAGAUGUGAUCGACCUCUACAUCCUAAGCCCCAGCAUGAGCAAAGAAGGCUGGGGAUGGGUAUUCGACGGCUCACACGGCACUCUCCCAAAGGACCCUCUAUACGGGUUGACCUACCUCCGGGAUCUAUACUUCAAAGCCGACCCCGAAUUCAACGGUAGGUUUACCGUGCCAGUCCUAUGGGACAAGAAAAACGCUACCAUCGUGAACAACGAAUCUAGCGAAAUAAUCCGCAUGUUCUACUCCGAGUUCGAUGAAUUCGUACCGGAGCGUUUCCGCGAGGUUAAUAAACCGGGCGGUGGUUUGUAUCCGGAAAACUUGCGCAAGGAGAUUGAUGAGUUGAAUGAUUGGGUUUAUAAUACGGUUAAUAACGGCGUGUAUAAGUGUGGUUUUGCUGGGAAGCAGGAGUCGUAUGAUGAGAAUGUGUACCCGUUGUUCGAGUCACUUGAUAGACUCGAGGCGAUCUUGGCGAAGGGACAGCCGUUCUUGUUUGGGAAUCAUCUGACUGAGGCCGAUAUCCGGUUGUAUACGACGAUUGCGCGCUUUGAUGUCGCGUACCACUCCGUCUUCCAGUGCAAUCUUAAGAGUAUUCGGCAUGAUUACCCUUUCUUGCACAGAUGGUUCCGUCGGUUGUAUUGGGAUGAUGGACAUGAUAAGACAGCGGGUGCUUUCCAUCGGACUACGGCGCCGUGGAUCAAAUUCUACGCCGAGGGGUAUUCGAGGGCGAGGUCUAAGGUUACGGGAAGUCAGGCUGCUGUUAUUGUUCCUAGAGGACCGGCUGUGCUUGUUGAGCCUUUAAAAGAUGAAGAGAGGAUUUGA